AUGUCCGAAGUUGCUGACUAUAUGGAGAACCGUCGAUGGGCGUUAGGCCUAUCUCUACUGGGACUAGUGGUUGUACUAUGGGUAGCCAGUGGGUUUUUUGUUAAUGCCAUUGGUCAAGAUUACCACAAGCCAGCAUUUAUUACCUAUUUGAACACAGGACUGAUGGUAGCGUACCUUCCUGCGGCGCUGCGAGCCAAGAAAAAAGACCCGCAUGACCAGACGACCAGUCAGUUUUCCACUCGCAAAACGGCCACCCUCAGUUCUCAAUUCUGCCUGCUGUGGUAUAUGGCGAAUUUACUGAAUAAUGCGUCAUAUGUCUACACCACCGUCCAAUCGGCAACAAUUAUUUCCUGCACAUCCUCGUUUUUUACUCUCAUCAUCGGCUCAUGGUGUGGGGUGGAGAAGUUCUCGCUGGCGAAGCUUUGGCCCCUCACUAUGCUGAUUGUCGGAAUCGUUCUAGUUUCCAGCGAAGACGGCAAGCAGGAAACCUCCCCAGACAAUGCCCUGCUUGGGAAUUUACUCGCCCUUGGCAGUGCCUUCCUGUACGGCGUCUAUACCACGCUCCUUAAGUACCGGGUAGGCAAUGAAAGCAACCUCAACACCAAGCUGUUUUUUGGCUUUGUGGGACUGUUCAGCAUCGUUGGGCUGUGGCCGUUUUUGAUUCUGCUUGAUUAUAUCGGCGUAGAGCCAUUUGCCCUCCCACCCAAUUCCCGAGACUGGAUCUUGAUCGGGCUCAAUGGUGUCGUCAUAUUUGUGUCGGACAUUUGCUGGGUUCUGGCAAUGCUGUUAACAAGCCCAUUGGUGGUCACCGUCGGGCUCAGCGCAACCAUACCUCUCUCGAUACUUGGAGAAAUGGCGCUAUAUCACCGCUUUGGAUCCAGCUUGUAUUUUGUUGGAGCAGCGCUAGUAUUUUAUUCAUUCGUGGUCAUCAAUCGACAAGAAUCAAUCGACGAGGUCCCCGAACAAGGCUACAACUCGCUGCAUUUCGAAACCGUCGAAGAAGUUGUCGAAGAGGCCGUGCAUAUUCACCGAGUAAGAUCACAUUCUACGUAA